CACCUGUUGGACAUACAGUAGAGAGGACAUCCGGCAUCCAUGGAGUCCAAUCUGUCCUGCCUGUCGUCCCUUAAAGACGAAGACGCUGUGGUUUACAUUCAGCCUCACUACAAAGAGUCCUACCGCCUGGCCAUUUAUGCUCUGCUCUGUGGAGGCAAAGAGGCCUACGAGGACUUCCUCCAGGCCGAGCAGAUCAGCCAUUUUCUGUCAGAGGAGGAGAUCCUCUUCAUCCUGGAACAUGCAGAGCUCCCUGAAGUGGAGGAGGAUUCUGGAGAGAAAAAGGUCACCGAUGAGCUCAGCCCCUCCACCUACUUCCCAACCGAGUCGGACGAGGAGGUGCCAGACCUGGACCUGGGCUGGCCAGAGGUCAGUCUGGAAGACACCGACACCAGCAUCAGUCUGCUGUUUCAUCCUCCCAGACAAAACACACCAACCAUCAAAGAGGUGAUUCGGAAGCAGAUUCAGGAGGCGCGCCAGGUUAUUGCCAUAGCGAUGGAUGUCUUCACUGACAUUGACAUUUUCAAAGAGAUCAUCAGCGCGACACUGAAGGGAGUGGUGGUCUACAUCCUCCUGGAUGAUUCCCACAUCAAGAGCUUCCUCACCAUGUCUCACAGGGUGGGCAUUAAUAUCCAGGACCUCAAGAACCUUCGUGUUCGGACAGUUCAAGGGCAGCAAUAUCAAUGUCGGUCUGGGAUGAAGUUUCAUGGAGGUUUGGAACAGAAGUUUAUUCUGGUGGACUGUCGGACAGUUUUGUAUGGAACAUACAGCUACUCAUGGUCGUUUGAGAAGAUCAACCUGAGUAUGGUCCUGGUUGUCACAGGUCAACUAGUUUGCUCCUACGAUGAGGAGUUCAGAAGACUCUACGCUCGCUCCACAGUUCCAAUCCCGUCAAAGGGGAAUCUAUCCGUCCCAUAUCUGAGAGACACUGUGACCUUGAAGAGCCCAAACUCCAGCCAGCUUUCUCUUAAUCACGUUCACAUGAGGUCAAGAGUGAUGCACGGCAUGAGAAGUGCUCAGGAUGACAGGUUUAACAAUACCACCAUGAUGAUCAGGGGCCUGAGCAUGCAGGAGAGGCUGCAUCAGUCCCACUAUGCUGAUGUAGGGAACCUGGUGAGAGGACACAGUUAUGGGGGAGAGCUGCAGAAGAUGAACUCAAUGACUCGACUGAGGAUGGGAACCAAGGACAUUGGCGCUACUCCUGAGAGGAACGGAGCUAAUCUGAGGAGUGGUGGGGAUUUUCUGCUAUCAAACAGGUUGUCUCAGCAGCACCUUAGGCAUCAGACUCGCUACGGUGCAGACCAGAACCUGAUACCGUUCAACUCGGAAACAUCUCUUCACAGGUGGAAGAUCGACACAUACCUUAAUGAGAAUGAUAUGCUUCUAGAUGCGUCAUGUGAUGCACUAUCCCCCAUGGCAUCUCCAUAUAGCAGUUACACAGGGUUAAACGAGCAUCAGUCACAGCUGAUUCACAGCAGGUCGAGGGACAUCAAGUCCAGAAUGGAAGAAAUGAGGCAAAAGAGGUUCAGUCUGCAGGAGUAUGCCAAUCUCAGGCAAAGCCAAGAGUCCUUGAGAUCUAUGUAUCCGCCUCUCGACAGACUUAAGUUUAAGUCUUCAUUGAGAGGUCUUGAUGUACAACAGAGCAUGACAGAAUCAGAGCCAAAUGCACAAGACAACUGCAAACUGGAAGAGAGUGACACCAAGAAAGAAAGUGACAAAAAAGAGCAAAUUCUUACUGAUGGCCACCGCUCUACUUCACACCACAAUAUCAAAACAGUGACAGAUCGAAAGACAUUGCAGACAUAUGACUGGCACGAGCCUCUUUCCAGGACCACAUCAGCAGCUGAUUUAGAUAUGAAACUGAAUGAUGCAACACUGAAGCUUAGUAUCCAGCACCAAAGAGCAAUGGAGUCUUUGACUGAAAUCCCUGAGGAGAAAGAGGGUUCAAACAGUCGUGUUAACAGUUCUGAAUCAGCAUUUAAAGACACAAAUGGGGAGAUGUGCAAAGAUGAGAAAGCUGUCCCAAAGGAAAACUCUGUUAAAUCAAGCUUACCAGCUGAUCCACAGAGUCAGGGUCAAGCCCGGGGAAGCAAUGCUUCCAUACGAAAGAUAAACAACAGCAUAGGCUCACCUGCUCCAAAAGAAGGAAAGAAAUCAACUUCCAGUCAAAUCGAAACUGCUCCGAAGACUUCUACAGUAUCUCAGCCUGCAGGUGAGGCUAAGAGUAAUCACACAGAAAAAGGGCAAACGCAACAAGAGGAACCACCACUUCAGAGAAAGAAUUCCAUUAGAAUGAAAGUACAGGCACUGCUUGCGUCAGAUGACAAGAAAGCUGCCAAAAAAGAGGAGAAGUCACUGCAAAGAAGGGCCUCGUUGAGAUCACAAAACACUUCAGGAUCUAAAGUGGACCAUUCACAGGCAGCUGCUGCAGAACAAACCAGCAAGAAAGGCCAAUCACCGAGCACCCCCAAGUCACAGAGGGCUUCUAGUGGUCCAUCGGAAACAGAGAAGCAUAAAUCUCCAUUUCCAAGACUGACUCCACAGCGUUCAAGCAAAAGGAAGACAAACCCAGCAGCAGAGCAGGAUCAAGGCUCAAAGAGCACUUUGGAUAGUGAAGCGGUGACUUUGUAUCAAACCAGCAAACAAAAAGCCUACAGUCGGUAUGAGUAUUUGCUUAGCACUGAAAAUAUUCACUUAGAUAGGUCUACAAGGAUGACAAGUACGUACUCCUCAGACAAAGACAGAGGCUCUUUGCUGAACAGGCAUGACUCUGGCUAUCCAGGGUAUCAGACACAAAGCGGCACUGACAACAAACUGGGACGAUUCAUGCAGCGAGUAGGAAAUCUAAUAGGCAAAAAUAAGUAGGGCAAGGAAGAAGAAAAGAAGGCCACCAUGCCUAUUAAUGAAGGCAGUGUUAAUGCACAGUCCUUGUGUUGUUUAUUGAUACAUUUUGGUUCCUAUACACAGAUUGUAUGUUUACACUUCUUCAAUAUGCUGCAGUUGAUGGGUUUCAUAAUGUGGUCAAGACUUUUUAUUUAUCACUGAUGCCAAAACACCAGAUGUUCUUCAAGGUGUGUCUGAAGUCUGGAAAUUCCAUUCACUAUAUAUUUUGUUACCUCCACAAAUUAAAUAUGGAUUUGCUGAAAGGAGAAAGAGUUGGACUGGUAUUUCUCAGUGGAUGUGAAGGAUGGACAUAUUGAAGGAUAGGGUUAGGGUUGGGGAAGGGAUUUUUUGGGGCAAGCAUGAAUCAUCCAGGAUGGGGUUUGUCCAUGACACUGAUCGUUUCUUUAUACGUUUUAACCACCUUCCCGACCGUGGAAAAGCCAAAUAGAAUCCUCCUUGGAUGACGUCCAUUAGGUUCAUCUGUUAUCUUUCGAUACAUCCAUCCUUCACAUCCACGGAGAAGUACCAGUUCAACUCUUUCUUCUUUCGACAAAGCCAUAUUUAAUCUGUUUAGGCAAAAAAAUAAUAUAUAGUUCAUGAAAUUUCCUAUGUGUCCAGACUUUAGGUGCAUCCUGUAUGUGAGUUGUCGGUUACUUGAUCAGUUUGUAUGUAUUAUUCUGAGCUGGGUGUUACAGCUUACCUGGGUGGUAGCAAGUCUGAUAUAAACAUACCAACACGUCAAGAUUAAAACAGGGUGAACAUGACAGGGAUGCUUCAAAACAUGCACGAUAAGUUUUAGAAAUGACUGUUAAACAUACAAAUGUUUUAUAUGUGCUUGCUUUUUUUGGAUGGAUGAAUCUGGUGAGAUUCUUUAUUGUUCUCAUGAAUAAAUCUCAU